GGGAGGCCGAGGCAGGGAAGGGGGGGGGGCUGCGUACGCGACGGAGCGGGGUGCGAAGAUGGCGGACGAGGAGGCCGAGCAGGAGAGCGGUAGCCUAGGUGGCGACCUCCUGGAGCUGCGGCGCCUGCGGGAGCGGCUGGUGGAGCUAGAGACGGGGCUGCGGGAGAGCCCUGAGCCGGCGGUGCAAGCGGCUACCGAGUACUGCAAGCAGCUCUGUCAGACUUUGCUGGAAUAUGCAGAAAAGUGGAAAACAUCAGAAGACCCUCUGCCCUUGUUAGAGGUGUAUACAGUGGCUAUCCGAAGUUAUGUUAAAGCACGGCCGUAUCUUACCUCCGAGUGUGAAAAUGUCGCCUUUGUGCUUGAGCGUUUAGCACUAAGCUGUAUUGAACUUCUGCUGUGUCUGCCUCUUGAUUUGCCAGAAAAUAAAUGGGAAGAAUUUCAGGCAUUUGUACAGGUGGCUCAUAAAAACUUGAUGGAAAAUGGCAGCAGGGAACUGCAUAUUUUAACUACGCUUACACAAGAGAAGGGAGUGUGGAAGAACCCAGUGUUGUGUGGUAUUCUUUCCCAGGAACAGUUGGAUCCAGAUAAAGUGAAUGAAUUUUUAGUGUUUGAAGGCCCCGUCCUGCUGGAUAUGCGUAUUAAGCAUCUAAUGAAAACAAAGCAAUUAACGCAAGCUACUGCGCUGGCCAAACUGUGCUCUGACCAUCCAGAAAUCAGUGCUAAAGGCAAUUUCAAGCAAACCUACCUGGUCUGUCUUUGUUCAGGAUCACCAAAUGAAAAGCUAAUGGAAGAAAUUGCAGAAGUAGAUUGCAAAGAUGCUCUAGAAAUGAUCUGUAACCUAGAGUCUGAUGGAGAUGAAAAAAGUGCUCUGAUUUUGUGUGCAGCAUUUCUGUCUCGCCAGCUGCAGCAAGGAGAGAUGUACUGUGCCUGGGAACUGACUCUUUUCUGGAGUAAACUGCAGCAAAGGGUAGAGCCUUCUAUUCAAGUGUAUCUAGAGAGAUGUCGACAACUUUCUGUGUUAACUAAGACUGUUUAUCACAUUUUCUUCCUGAUUAAAGUAAUUAAUUCAGAGAUCGAUGGUGCUGGCCUUGCAACCUGCAUUGAACUGUGUGUGAAAGCAUUGCGCUUGGAAUCCAGUGAGAAUACAGAUGUCAAGAUAUCUAUUUGCAAGACUAUCUCCUGCUUGCUUCCAGAUGACUUGGAGGUGAAACGUGCUUGUCAGCUGAGUGAAUUUCUUCUCGAACCCACUGUGGAUGCAUAUUAUGCUGUUGAAAUGCUGUAUAAUCAGCCUGACCAGAAGUAUGAUGAAGAGAAUCUUCCAAUACCAAAUUCUUUGCGCUGUGAGCUCUUACUUGUACUGAAAACUCAGUGGCCUUUUGAUCCAGAAUUCUGGGACUGGAAAACCCUCAAGCGUCAGUGUCUGGCACUUAUGGGAGAGGAGGCAUCCAUCGUGUCAUCGAUAGACGAACUCAACGACAGCGAAGUUUAUGAGAAGGUCGACGAUUGCCAAGAAGAGAACAAAGAAACUUCUGUGAAUGGGCUUGCUGGCACUUUUGAUGAAGCUACAAGCCUUCUUAGGGGUAUCAGAGAUGAAAAGCAGAAAAAGAGAGAAAUUAAGAAACUCAGAGAAAGGGGGUUCAUAUCAGCUAGGUUUAGAAACUGGCAAGCUUAUAUGCAGUAUUGUGUGUUAUGUGACAAAGAAUUCCUAGGUCAUAGAAUAGUCAGGCAUGCACAAAAACAUUAUAAAGAUGGGAUUUACAGUUGCCCUAUUUGUGCCCAAAAUUUUAACUCUAAAGAAAACUUUGUUCCCCAUGUAACUUUGCAUGUUAAAAAAUCCAGCAAAGAGAGGCUGGCUGCUAUGAAACCGCUGAGAAGACUGGGAAGGCCUCCUAAAAUAGCAACUGCCAAUGAGAAUCAGAAAACUAAUUCUGUGUCCAAACAGGAGCAGCGACCCAUUAAGAAGAACAGUCUCUAUUCAACGGACUUCAUUGUGUUUAAUGAUAACGAUGGCUCAGAUGAUGAGAACGAUGACAAAGAUAAACCUUACAUCCCAGAGAUAGUGCCAGUUCAAAAGCCACCCCCUGUUAAUGAAUUCACCUGCCCCGUAACAUUUUGUAAAAAAGGCUUUAAAUACUUCAAAAAUCUAAUAGCACACGCAAAAGGGCAUAAAGACAACGAAGAAGCCAAACGUUUCCUCGAAAUGCAAAGCAAAAAAGUGAUUUGCCAGUACUGUAGGCGACAUUUUGUGAGUGUUACUCACCUGAACGACCACUUACAAAUGCACUGUGGCAGCAAACCUUACAUCUGCAUCCAGAUGAAAUGUAAGGCUGGUUUUAACAGUUACGCCGAGCUGCUGACGCAUCGGAAAGAGCAUCAAGUCUUCAGAGCAAAGUGUAUGUUUCCUAAAUGUGGCAGGGUGUUUUCUGAAGCGUAUUUACUCUACGACCAUGAAGCACAACACUAUAAUACCUACACCUGCAAAGUCCCAGGCUGCGGGAAGCUGUACCGUUCUCAGAACGAACUGGAAAAGCACGUUGAGGACCACAACAAGCAGCCCGAAAUGGUGCCACAGCCUGAAAGCCAGACUAAUCAGCCAGAUCUUAGCCAGCCUCCUAACGCUAAUGAAAGUACCAAUGGAGUUGCUGUUAAAGAGGAACUGACAUCUCCUCCAGCCGACAACCAAAGUAGUUUUAGCGAAGGAGCGAACGUUGUGUGGAAUGAAAUCAAAGCAGAGCCAACAGGGAAUGAAAGCGUGAGCGUGUCGGUGAGCGUGUUGCAGCAGGGCAAUCCCUUGGCUGAUGCUGGUCCCAAGCAGCCUCCUGCGGGUUCAGUGAAGACAGAAGUGGCACUUCCAGCAAGCAGCAUGAAGAUAUCUACUGUGAACCAGAAGAUCCGAGAUAGCUUUGUAAAAAGAGGCAAAUUGGCUGCUGCUGCUGGCAAAGUAGAUACCACUAAACCUGGAGCCCAGCAGUUGUGCUCGUCGGUUGACUCUCGUCUUCCAGUUUUCCAAGAGAGAAAGGAUGAAGACUGUCUGAGUCAGACUCAGAGUAUUCAAAGCAUUUCUGUGACCUCAGAUACACUCAAACCAGAAGCCCUCGAAUCAAAAAGCUUAGAAAGACAAGUGACCAUUGUAAAUCCAUUCAGCGUGCAGAAUCAGGCAGGAUAUCGAAACGGCGUACCCAUUUCCAAACUUGAAAUUGAAGACAGUAUUAAAGCUGCAGCUAAUCUUUACAACCUGCCUUUAAAAACUUUAGAAAGUAUUACGUUUAUUCCUUCACAGCCUAACGUAAAUAGCUCUUUAGUUCCAGCUGCCUCACCGGCAGCCCCGAUUCAGAAAUUCAGUUGCCAGGUUGAGGGCUGUACUCGAACAUACAACUCGUCACAGAGCAUUGGCAAACACAUGAAGGCAGCGCACCCUGACCAAUAUGCUGCUUUUAAAAUGCAGCGGAAGAAUAAGAAGCCACGAAAGUCCAGCAGCGUGCAAAACGUGCCGAACGAUGGGAAGGUCGUGUAUCUUGUGCCGUCCCAAGUGGGCAACCUCAGUGGUGCUGCUUUUCCUGCACAGAACAAACCUAACCUGAAUCCCACUUGUUCCAGCCAAGCGCAACACGUCUCAAGUACACUUUACCCGACCCACCUAGAAAAUCUGGCCAAUCCUAUGUUGCCUAUAGUGGAGAGCGUCAUAAAUCCAAGUUUGUCUACUCGUAUUAAAAGCGAGCCCGAGAGUGUUUUAUGUUCACAAAUGGAAAACCUGUCUGGUGCAACCUUACCUUCCCAGCUGGACGAGCUGGCAAAAACAGUUAUGCCUCUGAACAUUGAUGGCAAUUCAGAUCCUUUUCUUCCUCUGCCUGCAGAAAACGGUCCAAUGUCUCUCUUUCCUUCGUCGGCAGAGAAUCCUCCAAGUUCAGUCUUCUCCCAGCUGGAAAAUAACACAAGUAACUUUUCAUCGCAACUAGAAGGAAACGGUAGUUCUGCUUUCCCAAAAGAGGAGAGUGUCGAUCAAAUCUUCCCCUCGCGAUUGAGCAAUGAAAAUAAUUUCAGUGAAACCAGUUCUCAAAAUCCAGCUUCAGAAAAGAUGAAGAAAGAUCGUGGCCGGGGCCCAAACGGGAAAGAAAGGAAACCAAAACAUAACAAGCGGGCAAAGUGGCCAGCAAUAAUUAGGGAUGGCAAAUUUAUCUGUAGCAGGUGCUUCAGAGUAUUCACUAAUCCUAGAUCACUUGGUGGUCACUUGUCUAAGAGGUCGUACUGUAAGCCUCUUGAAGGAUCAGAAAUUUCUGCUGAAGCUCUGCAGGCUAAUGGGCAGUCUUUGCUUGCCAGUAUGAUUCUUUCCUCAAAUUCAUUGAACUUGCAGCAACCCCAGGAGUCUACCUUCAAUCCAGAGACGUGCUUUAAGGAUCCGUCAUUCCUCCAGUUGCUCGCAGCUGAAAAUCGUCCCACGGCCUUGCUGCAGACCAUGUUUCCGCGGGACAGCGUGGCUAACUUUAAUACCAGUGGGAAUGAGGAAGGGAAUCAAAUCAUAAAGCAAGCCUUGGAAACCGCAGGCAUCCCGAGUAGCUUUGAUAACACGGAAGUACUUCCACACGUGGUCACGACCAGUUGCGUCACUGGUACGACUCAGAUAAAUGCAGCUGUCCUCCCCAACUCAACCGCGUCCCCUCUGCUGCAGACAGUCUGUAAUCCCAGUGCCCUGCUAACAGACCAAAACAGGACCCUCAAUGCCAAAAUUCCUCCCGUAAACGAAUGCAAGAGUUUACCUGUUUUUGCAACAGAGGACUUAAUGCUAAAGACUAUGGAAAAUGGCAUGUGUCCUAGCUCGUUUUCUAAUACUGUUGCAGCAGCGCAAAGCUUUGCAGGGAACAGUUCACGAGUUUCCGUUAUAAAUAGCCCCAAGAAUUCAGGAUCAAGCAACUUGAAUAAGAAGGGAACCAGUGCUUCCAAGAGGAAGAGAAAAGCGACCACGCCUUUGCUUGCACCCGAUGUAUCGCAGAAAAUAACGGUAAAUAAUACAACAAUGGGACUUGUAACCAAAAGCACUGAGGGAAACGUACAAAUACAGGGAGAAGGUUUUCAGUCCAACUUGCUGGCAAACUGUGGCUCUCAAGGGGUGGUGGAAAACCUCACGCAGAAGCUCAAUAAUGUUGACAAUCAGUUGUUUAUGGCCAGUAUCAAAGAGAACUUCAAAACAAACCUUGAGACUCAUACAACGUUACCUCCUUUAACGGUAAAAACCGAGAACGGGGAUUCCCAGAUGAUGGCUGUAAGUUCCUGCGUGCAGGCAAAUGCAGAGGGGCAGAUCUCCGAGGACAGCGUCAUGCAGAACCUUGAAAAAACCCUGGAGAUCAUUAAAACUGCUAUGAAUUCACAGAUACUCGAGGUGAAAACUGAAAUUCAGGAUAGCGUCGCUGCUGCUUCAGGACAGAACUCACAAGCAAACAGUGCACAGGCUUCUUUGGGAAAUCCCACACACGGCGUAAAAAUACCUCCUCCCGCUCAGUUUGUUGUGCAGGCGGCGAGUGUCCCGGCUGCCAAGAGCAGCUCUGCUCAGGCCGAGACGUCUCAGAAGGAUGACACUCAGAUAUUGGAAAUCUUGGAGGGCUUGCAAAAACUGAAACUAGAAAAUGAUUCACCCGUUCAGGUCUCUGAGACUGUUGCCCAGUGUCCUCCAGCAGGUGCACCAGCACCAGCAGUUCCUCUGGUGUCGACUGAAAACAAACCCAUCAUCCAGAUACCUCCAGAGGCAAGUAACAUCCAGUUUAGUGAUAAAGUUAAUAAACCUUUUGUAUGCCAGGACCCAGGCUGCAGUUACAGUGCUAUGACGAAAGACGCGUUGUUUAAACACUAUGGCAAGAUUCAUCAGUACUCGGCAGAAAUGAUACUGGAAAUAAAGAAACAUCAGCUGAAGUACGCCCCGUUCAAAUGCGUCGUACCUACCUGUCCGAAAACAUUCACCAGAAACUCCAAUCUCCGAGCACACUGCCAGCUUGUGCACCAUUUUACCACAGAGGAGAUGGUAAAGUUAAAAAUCAAAAGGCCUUACGGCAGGAAAUCGCAAAACGAAACUGUAAACACGGCCCCACGACCAGUUGAAAUAAAACCUGUGCAGACACUAGUGAUAGAAAAUAAAACUGCAGCUCCCUCGGUCAAAGAACCUCAGAUAAAGGAAGUCGUAGAGCCUGUAAAAGUCUUGGAAAAGCUUCUACCGGAAAAUAAUAUUCCUGAAAGACUGGAAAAACCUCCCCAAGUCGUUUCUGUCCCACCAGAGCAGCACAACAACACAGCCUCUCUUGAUAGUACACAGGCACAAGCCAAAGCACGCAAGGUCAGGAAGUACAGGAAGGAGAAAGAGGAGCGGAAGCGGAGGAAGCCUGUCACAAAAACCCUGGAGUUUCCCACUAGAUACAGCCCUUACAGACCAUACCGCUGCGUCCAUCAGGGCUGCUUCGCUGCCUUCACCAUCCAGCAGAACCUGAUCCUUCACUACCAAGCUGUGCACAAAUCGGACCUCCCUGCCUACUCUGCCGAAGUGGAGGAGGAGAACGAGCCAGGCAAAGAGGAACGCGACGAGGUGGAAACCAAACUGGCCGUCAGGGAGUUCAGGUGUGAGGUGAGCGACUGCUCUCGCAUAUUCCAGGAAGUUACCAGCUUGAUACAACAUUACAUGAAGCUUCAUGACAUGACCCCAGAGCAAAUUGGAAACAUGAAAUCGGCUCCGGAAGCGAGAAGGUUUCCUUGUGAUCAAUCCCAAUGUAAGUCUUCUUUCACAGCGUAUCUUAGCUACAUCGUUCACCUUGAGGCAGAUCACGGUAUCAAGAUAAAGCCAAACAAGGUGGAAGAUGACAACGUGUUCAAGUGUGACUGUGAAGGCUGUGACCGUAUUUAUGCUACUAGGUCUAACCUCCUGAGGCACAUUUUUAACAAACAUAAUGACAAGCAUAAAGAUCAUCUAAUAAGACCCAGGAGGCUGACACCAGGUCAGGAAAACAUUUCAAGCAAAGCAAAUCAGGAGAAACCAUUGAAGUCGAAACAGAGGGGACUAAAAAACAGGUCGGGAAAGGAAGGUAACAGGAUGUCAGCGAAAACAAAACGGAAGAAAAACGUCAGCUUGGAGAACAAAAACUCAAAAGCAAUCCAAGUUCAAGAAAACAAGGCUUACUCACUGAAACGUGGCAAGCACGUGUAUGCAAUAAAGGCCAGGAACGAUGCCCUGUCGGAGUGUACGAGCAGGUUCAUAACGCAGUAUCCCUGCAUGAUCAAGGGCUGCUCGUCCGUAGUCACGAGCGAAAGCAACAUAAUAAGGCAUUACAAGUGUCACAAGCUGUCCAAAGCGUUUACUUCCCAACACAGGAAUCUUCUGAUCGUGUCUAAAACGCAGGCUGUCCCACAAGUAAAGGAAGCCUCUUGCGAGCAAGAGGAGACUGACAAAAAAAGCGACGUCAAAGAGCCCGAACCGAGCGUGGUAGUGAGCAAUAACGAUUCCAGCACGUCUGCGUUACUGCAAAAGGAAGCUGAAAAAGGGGAGAAGGAUGAAGUGGAUGAACUGACAGAACUCUUCAUUACUAAACUGAUUAAUGAGGAUUGUUCCACUGCUGAAAAUCCAUCAAAAAUCUCUUCCGGUGUAAAUAGUGACUCGCAGGAGACCAGCUCCUGCCCCUCAGAAAAGCAAAAAUCAAACAACUUAAAAAGAGCGAACAAGGAGAAAAACGUGUCUCAGAAUAAGAGGAGGAGAGCUGAAAAAACCGAGGAGGUGCCGCCCGCCGACGGGAGCAGCGUGCACAGGGAGGAGGAGACUGCUGUCGCCAUUCAGACGGCCGAGGAGCAGCCCGCGGCCUUCGACUGGAGCUCCUUUAAGCCGAUGGGGUUUGAAGUGUCGUUCCUCAAGUUCCUCGAAGAGUCUGCUGUGAAGCAAAAGAAAAACACCGACAGAGACUGCCACAGCAGCACAGCCAAAAAGGGAUCCCAUCCAAACUCACGCAAAGCUAACGAGAAGCCCUCCGUAGUAGCAAGUAACAGCGUCGCUUGGUCGUGCUCCGAAACGGAAACCCUCGUGCCAUUUGCCAACCCAUCGCGGCUUCCAGGCGGCGAGAACGUGAAGAUCGUUUUAGACAAGGCUCUUAAAGACUGUGCUGAGCGUGUGCUGAAGCAGCUGCAGGAAAUGAAACCCGUCGUCAGUUUGAGAAAGCUCAAAGGACGUUGGGAGGAGAAUCCAGAGGUUACUGCUGCAAAAGUGGUUGUUAUGGGUACAGAGGAAGGCGAGACGAAAUACUGAGAACCUGAAGUGUUUAACCGUGACCUGUAAUAACGUUUAUUUCAAAUAGGAAGCCAUCAAGCAUGCUAGUAACUGUGGAGCUCUUUUUAUUUUGAAGUGAUUUAACCUAGCAAAAAACAUGACCCGAGUCAUGUAAAUGUCUUAUUUGUUUUUUAUCCCUAUGGGACUUGAAGAACAGAGUCAUUUGCUUCUGUUUUGUAAAUACUCGAUCGAAACCUCAACUUUCUAUUCGGAUCGUCCUUUCCAUGAACUAAAACCUUUGUGAGUUGUCUGUGAUUGGUAUCUUUCACCAGGUCACUGCUCAUGUAUAACAGUACUCUUUUAUUUGUAGAUACAUUUCUCUCUUUUUUUUUUUGUAUAUAUUUAUUAUUGUAAAUCAUUUGCUGCCACCAGCAGUCUGUAAGUCUAAACUAUUAAAUGACACAUUUAUAUUCGGAAGUUUAAUUUGUAACUAAGUGAGCAAGUUUUUAAAACCUGUCCUCGGAUCAUUUUAAAUUAAGAACUUUUGAACUAAAACUAGCAAAGCCUGCCAUAUCCAGUUUAUUUUGCAUAAAGCAUUUAUUUACAGGAGAGGAGCUGGAUAAGAUCACAUUUCGUAGGUUUAAACAUACUGACACGCCCUCGUUUUUGUAAAUUUUAACAUCCAGUACCUAUGGAUGAUAUUCAUAUGUAGUUAAACUCAUAAAUAUAAUAGUUUUCUUAUAGCUACAUUUUUCAUUGCUUUUAAUUGGAUACAAAGCAUUUAUGAUUCCAUAAUAAAAGAUGGAAAUGUGAAUAAAAAUAGUUUGCUACGUUGGAGAUUUAAAACAAUAUUUGGUAUUAAAGAAUCCGUUGUGAAUGUGAUAGAAAAUUAGUAGUGUGGAGCAGUGUAUAUAUUUGAGGUGGUGAUUUGUGAAGUAGCCCAGUAUUGCCUUAAAUAAAAUCACAUUUCAUUUCUUGUUUUAUACAUGUGAUCUUAUAAAGGUUAUUUUUGUUCCUGUAACUUAGAUCGGUGUAUAGUUUUAAUUUUUGUUAAAAAAAAUGAAACAAAAAACCUUCAGAAACCGUUUUUUUGUAAAUAGUGGGUUUAUAAAAAACAGAUGGUUUAUUUUGAUAAUACCAGUUUGGUAUCUAUCUAUAAAAUACGUGAGUCCUUAUGCCAUACCAUUAAAAAACUGAAUAAACAAGGCACUUUCUGAAAGGGAAGUGAGAUUGUGAUCUUGCAGAUCAAGUCGGUGGUUGUGCUCUGUUGAUGGCAUAGGCUCUGGCUGACUGUACCCGGCAGCACUCUCGCUGCCUCUGUCUCUCUCUCUUUCUCUCUGUCUCUCUCUUUUCCACGCCGCCAACGAGCCUCGGAAGCGGUGCCGCUGGUAGUGCCCGGGAUUGGAGCGAUCCCUCCCCAUGCUGCUAACAGAAACGACACGUGUCCAGUUGGCUGAGUAACCAAAAGGGUGAAUGCCUUGGUGGGAGCUGUCAGCACCCAGGAACCUCCGAUGGCGGUUUCCGUGCACGAUUGUGCUUUAACUCGGAUGGGACGAGCCAGCUGGAUUGUGUGGUACCAAAUAUUUCUUUUUUGGAUUCUCAUUACUGGCUGUGACCUACCUUCAGUAAUAUAAAAUAGUCUUUAUCUUGGGAGAGACUGGCUUGGGGGUUUUUUUUUUGUCCUAUAAGCUUGUCUUGCCGUGUAAAGCUUUACAUGAAACGCUACACUUGAUUGCUCUUAAGCCAUUCCAACUGGAAUCCUUGACGGUUCACUUGAAUGUCAGCGCAGAGGGCACGUUCCUGCAACCGAGCGAGGAGUGCGGAUGAAAAAGCUGAGAGGCAACAGCAUUUCCCCUUGGGCACAGCCCUUGGUUUGUUACCUGGUGCUACACUGCAUACCUUCCUCUGAAGGCCCGUGCUUCCAUUGGAACGGAGCCCGUUCGCUCCUCUCGCUUUCUGUCCUUCCUGAGUGACUAAACUGAUAAUGCCAAGUCAGUAAAUCACAGGUGCGGGCUGAGAAUGACAAAGCCAAAACAAACGCUUACGUUUUAACUCUAGGAGAGAUCAUUAGAGUCGUUAGAAGAGCCUGAUGCCACCUUCUACUUACCAAAGGCUGCAUGGCCUCCCUGGAUGGAGUUGCCGAUGGGAUGACAGCCAUGGGAAUUGUAGGAGGGAUCUUCUGCAAGGGAGAAGAGGGCAGGGAACCCCCUCUGGAGAGGAGCCACAGUUCACCUGAAGUCUCUCGUUUGCAGAUGUACCCUGCCACUGCAGUCACUGUCGACAGACCUCACAGCUGUUGGUUUUUUAGAAGAGUUUUGUGUUGUGCAAGUUCUGUAGUUCCAGUGUUGACAUUCCUGAUGAUAGACACCGCACUGAUUGCAGUCUUUAGACUGAGAGUAGUGUACAGCUAUUUAGCUACACAGCAUUCUACUAGCCUGCUAUUUAACAGGGAAAAGUACCAAACCAAAAUCCCAUGUCAUAAACAUCUAGGAAAUAGCUUCUGGGUUGGACCUGGGUGCAGGGUCUGAGUUUCUGAGAAUGAAGUUUCUGAUACUGUCUCAUUCUUACCCGAACAGAUCCAUUUAAAGUGAGUGCUGUACUGAUACUGUUAGUGCCCUCCAUGGCCUGCUCCCGUUUAGGUGGGUACUGACAGCUGAACUAGGAUGGGGGUUUUUUUCCCUUUUUUAAAAAGGAUGUUUUUAAGCUAAGGCGGGGGACCGAAGGCAUUUAAGAGGUCUUGGACUACAGAGGGCACUAUGGUUUGGUAACACCACCUACAGAAGCUCCUGUGGAAGUAAAUUGGGUAUUUGCAUUUAGGUAUUUUACCUCGAGUGAUGUGUGAGCUCCCCUCAACCCACAGCACCUCCAGGGCCUGGAGCAGGCCCUUGGAGGGGUCAGGCCCAGCGCUGCCAGCACCACCCUGGGCCUCCCACCCACCACUAACCCACCUUCUCUCUUCUUCCUUUUCCAUGUCUCUGUCUUCCAGACGGGUCACCCAUGAACUGCGGUGGGCUUGAGCUAAGACACUUGCUUUUAUAUCCCUUAUCACUAUCAGGAAUGCACUGACCAAAACACCAGUUGUUGCUGAUGGGGAAGCAACCAAAUCCAGGAGCCUGGAUGCAGCGGGGACAGAAACAUCUUUAGUUAAAGGAAGUUUUUUCCAUGUGUUCAAGUGGAACUUGUUGUGUUCCAGCUUAUGUCCAAGACUAUGGGUAACAGACAUAUCCUGGAACACAAGAAGUUCCACUUUAAACACAAGGGAAAACUUUCCUGUGAGGGAGCCCUGGCACAAACUGCCCAGGGGGAGGAUGUGGAGGCUCCUUCCCUGGAGGUUUCCAAACCUAUGUGGACACGUUCCUAUGUGACAUGAUCUAAGUGGACUUGCUUUGGCAGGGGGUUGGACUGGCUGAUCUUUAGAAGUCCCCUCCUACCCCCACCAUUCCGUGAUUCUGUGAUUCCUUAAACCAGCAGUCAGCCUCUCUUCUUCAUGAUGUCUAGAAAGAAAUCUUACAUUGUCUGAGCCCUAAUUCAUGUAAACAAGAGUAGCAGGUUUGUGCUCAUGUGUUUUGGGGCGGUUGCUCCCAGCAGGAUUUAGGGACUGUUGGCACUAGAGCAUUCUGCUGGAAUAUCUUGUCUGUGGGUGUUGGAUAGUGAGGAAGUGAUGCUUGUGACACUAAACAGUUGGUUCAGGUGAGGAAAAGCGGUUGGCUGUAUUCUUGCAAUUAGUUUCUAUGCCAAAGAAUUAGUUGGUUGGGGCUCCCACCUUUGUGAGCCGGGACUCACUACCCUAAGUGUAGGCUCCUGGGCUAAAGGAGCUCCUGCUCAUGCCCUGCUCACCAUCGGUGCAGAGAUGAUCCUUUUGAAGUGGUAGGAAACGGGGCCAGGGGUAUUGGAGAUGGGAGUAGAGGGAAAAAACUACCAGCAGACGGGGAGAUAUUUUGUGUGUGACUUCUUUUCAAACCUCAUCAAUCACAAGGCAAGGAGGUUACGUGGUUUUUAAGGAAAAACAGGAUCUGUGUAAGACUUGGAUCUUUAAAUGUUUGCAGAGAUGUUUUGAAAUACGAGUGAGGGAACUAUUUUUGUAUGAAUGUGCAUGGAGUGAUAUUUCUCCAUUACAGUGUGGACCCACAUCAGCUUCCUACCAACUGCUGUGCUUGAGGAGACUGUAAUUUUACACUUGAAAAACAAAAAAACAUAGCACUUAAGUCUGAAUUUCUUUCAAUUGUGUCUGAGUGACCUGGAAGUUGAAUGAACAAAAAAGCCCUUAACCCUUUAGUUUAAGGUCCAAGCCUACAAACUCAUUUAAACCAAAAAUAUAAGAGCAAAUGACUUCAGGGAUGGAUGGAUGAGUGAAACUUAAACUAGAGCACAAGGGAGUAUAAUGUUGGGGAAAGAACUGCAGAAGGGAAGGAGCCAGUAAAAAAACAAGUGCUGGCCAGGAGCAUGGGCUCAGAAAGUAGAUGAGUCUGUUUCUGUCCUCUCAGGUUAAGUAAAAUCUGACAGAGCUGCCUUGUGUGGUGCUCAUCUCAUUAGUGGUGCUGUCACACACUCUCAUUUUGCAACACAUGAUGUAAAAGCCACGUGGUGGUUUGCUAAUGAGUGAACUGGGUUCCACACAGUUGGUCUGGAAUAGUUCUUUCAGAAUAUUUCUCGUGUUAGACACUGGCUUUGUCAAAACUGAAGUGUCCCCCCAAGACUUGAAACGUGUUGAUUCGGGACUUUGUUAUUUUACGGCUACUGAAGAUAGAAUGAGAAAUAAAAACCUUGAAUAUACCUUCCAAAGAGUUAAAAGUUCUUGUUUUGUAGAAACAUGUUUGGUCUAAGCGCUAAGCCUGGUCAGCCGCAGAGCUUUAGGGGAUGCUCCAGAACCCUUCAAGCCCUGACUUAAUAUACUUUUUUAUUAGAGAGCAGCUAAUGCACAAAUUUAAUUAGAAACCUGUGUUGACUAAACUGUGUUUGCUUCUCUUUGUUUUCUCUCAAAUAAACCUUGCUUUAAAAAAGAAAUUGA